AUGCUAGACGUUGAUUAUGGCUCUUACCCAUUUGUCACUUCUUCAAGUACUACGCUUGCUGGUAUUAUUGGUGGACUUACACUGAACCCAAAGAAUAUCACAGAGACGGUUGGAGUGGUCAAGGCUUAUACCACCCGUGUCGGAGCGGGGGCUUUCAAGACUGAAGAUACCGAAGAGGAACGUCGACUGGCCGCAGACGCCGGUGUGGAUGACCUUGUUGUUGUCAAGUACAGUAACUCGAUCAACUACUACACCAGCCUGAAUCUCACCAAGCUCGACGUUUUGGAUACUUUCGAAACGAUCAAGAUUGCCAUAGCUUACAAGAUCGACGGAGAGGAACUGGACUCUUACCCUGCGGAUCUUGACAUUUUGAACCGAGCUGAGGUGGUUUACCACGAGAUGCCAGGCUGGCAAAAGCCGACCACUAACGCGAGGACCUACUACGAUCUUCCCAAGGCGGCCCGCGAUUACGUCGAGUACAUCGAAAAGUUUGUCGGAGUCAAGAUCAAGUACAUCGGCACUGGUCCUGACCGUGAGGCAAUGAUCCAGCGCUCCUGA